AUGCCGAGUCUCCGAUUGCGCCUGGAGUCGCAAGUGGUCGACUUGGCAGUGCGCUGGAUCCAAGAGGAGAAGCUGUGCAGCUUCAAGCUGAGAGGAUGGAACGACCUGGCUGCCGAUCUCUUGGCGGAGGAUGUGCUGAAGAAGCAAGAGCUUCGGCUCUCCGAUUUUCAAGACCCGGAGCGCGAUGUCUCAGUAGACUUCUCUGAGACCUUGAGCGCUGCUUGCUUAUCGGAUCUUUUUCAAGCGCUGAAGCAGGAGAAGCACUUGGCCGAGCUUUGUCUACUUGAUCUUGGCGACAAGGCCAUGCCAGCGCUUUGCCGUUCUGCCCAAACUCUCCGAUCGCUGCAGCUUUCAGGCUGCGGCUUGACGGAUGCGGCCGGUGAGCCCCUGGGACAACUCCUGCAGGUUUCCGAGUCGCUGUGCAAGCUAUCUCUGUCCAACAACAGACUCAGCUGCGAAGCCGCAGCUUGCCUCUCAGCGGGGCUUCGAUGCAACGACUUCUUGUGCGAGCUCAACCUGCGCCUGAAUGCCAUCGCGGACAAAGGUUGCUGCAGCCUGGCCGAGGCUCUGGAGGUGAAUCCUUACGUUCUGGAGACCUUGGAUGUGUCCGAGAAUGAGUUUGGAGAAGUCGGCCAGAAGAUGCUGGAGGCUGCCUUUGGACAGAGCUGCUCGAUGGCCCGGAUCCGUCUGGGAGGAGGAGGAGCUCCGUGCGUUUUGGAGAAGUCCCCCACUGCGGCAGUGGGCUUGGAAGGAGCCCCACCGUUGCCUCGAGCUGAACGUCGAGGCUUUGGUUUCGUCGUUCACUGCCACAGCUCGGGCGCGGAAAUUUGCGCGGAGGAGGCCCGUCCCAUCAGCCAUCCAGGCAAGCUUGUGGACAUGCAGCAGGAUGACCAGGAGCUGGACUUGGUAUUCUCGAUCCCGCGACUGGACCCAGACGUGAAAGCUGCCGUGUCGCUGUCAGCCACGGCUUUGAAGAUCACGGCACUACAGCAGACUCUGGUCGAUUUGCAGCUGUUCAGCUGCAUUGACCCGGCAAGUUUCGAGCUGAGCUCCCGGGACUUCAUCCUGGAAUUGACUUUGGUCAAGGCGAAGCAGGGAGAGCUGUGGCCCCGCUUGGAGAAGUAG